UGUGGCUGUCUACGGCAAAUCAUCUCAUCUCAGAGCAAAGACAAAUCAGAUAGAACACAGGAAGAAAAACACCCUGCACUGUCUAGCUAUUGUAUUGGCUGAUAAUUGUCUAGUGCAGUUAUUUUCUGAGAGCGCCAUGUGGUACUGUAGUGGUUUUGGCUGCGUGUCAGCAGCUCUGAAGAGUCUCCUCUGAAGCUCGUGCUCUGACCUCCUGGAAGAACGCUUCCAAACCUGAAACAGCUCUGGAAUGUGUCUGAAACUCUUUGCCCAGUGGACAGCGUUCUUUUACAGUCAAGACACACCUCUUCCCAAAAACAACAGGUGAGUUUCUAUCCAGCAAAGUGACAGAUCAACAACAGAAAAAUGAACGUCACAGUCACAUCACCAGCGACAACCACAAACUCUACUAUGUGUGUCAAUAUCGACGACAAGAGCCCCAUCAGUGACUUACUGAUGUCUGUUUACAUCCUGGCUUUUAUUUUUGGGUUGAUCUUCAAUGUCCUGACUCUGGGCCCUAUUUGUCAACAAGUGCGGCGGCAAAACAUUUUGGGCAUCUUCCUGCUCAACCUGUCGCUGUCCGACAUGCUUUUCCUCUUCACUAUGCCCCUUUGGAUCAAUUAUUACCGGCAGGACCACCACUGGAAGCUAGGUGUUCUGUCCUGCAGUGUAGCUGGCUUCUUCUACUACUCCAACAUGUACAUCAGCAUCUUCUUGCUCUGCUGCAUCUCUGUGGACCGCUGCCUGGUGGUCACGUACCCGCUCCGCUCCAAGACCCACCGUACAUCACGCUACGCCUGGGCGCAGUGCGUCACUGUCUACGUUGUAGUGGUGGUGCUGCACAUCAUGGUGCUGUUCUAUGACAAUCUCAAAGAUGCCCAUGAUGACAGGAAAGGCAACGACCGUUGUUAUGAAACUUACCCCAUGCAAAGACCCGUUGCCUUGUUCAACCUGAUCAGAGUUGGCAUCGGCUUCCUGCUGCCCCUGCUAGUGUUGGCGGUGAGCUACUGGAGGGUGCUGGCCACUGUGGGCCAGAGUCCCGGCCUGAGUGCACAGGCUAAGAGGAAAGUCCGCCUGCUGUCCUUUGGGGUGAUUGGGAUUUUCUCAAUUUGCUUCGCUCCAUAUCACAUUCUCCUGCUCAUACGCUCACUAGUCUUCUAUCACAGCGACAACACAACUUCUGGAGGAAACUACUGCGCGUUUGAACAAAAUAUGCACUUCUCCUUCUCAUGCACGCUGGCGCUGUCCAGUCUGAACUGUGUGGUGGACCCUGUGCUGUAUGUGCUGGUCAGUAACGGGGUCCAGGAGGAGGUGAAACUGUGCUGGAGGAGGCAUAGAACGACACAGACAGAGGAUUGUGCGCUAACUUCAUACCACAGAGGAAAGCCAAAUAGUAAUAAUUUAAUAUGAAACGUUAAGCAGUACAUGAAUGGACACGUAUUCAUAUGGCUGUGUGUGUGUGUGUGUGUGUGUGUGUGUUGGUGUGUGUGUGUGUGUGUGUGUGUGUGUGUGUGUAAGUGCAUAAACAUGUUUAUGCAUAAUACUGUAGCUGUUUAAAGUCAUGUCUGCAUCUCCAGCGUUAGCGAGUAAGUAGCAGGAUUAUUUACAUCCCAUAAUCAAGGCUUUGUCAACAUACACAUUCCCAUCUUUGUCUGUUUUCCUCCCUCAUAUCCUGCACAGUGUGGAGGAGGGGCUUGUAUAACACGCAUAGCUGUUAUGAGAUUGUAGUCCCACCAAGAGUUCUUCAGUGGCAGCCACUUCUGGUUUGUGUAUGGACACCACUGGAGUUGAAGAGCCCUUCUGUUCUCCUUCCAAGCUAUAUAAGGAUGUUGUGAUUGUGAUUGUGAUUGUGUGACCAUGGAAUAGAAAAAAGUGUGUUAACUCUAAAGCAUGCCAUGAAAAGCAUUUAUUAGCAUGACCAUGUGUCCUCAGUGUCUCACCGUCAGUUAAACAUGAAUUUCCCCGAGGGAAUAAAUAAAGUAUUUAUCUAUCUAUCUAUCUAUCUAUCUAUCUAUCUAUCUAUCUAUCUAUCUAUCUAUCUAUCUAUCUAUCUAUCUAUCUAUCUAUCUAUCUAAACAUGUUCAGUGUAAGUUCAAAUAAACCAGUGGUUUGAUCAGGUGCUCUGGUUUUGGAUUCUUAAGUCCAUGCAGAAAACAUCAGAUGAUCAAUCUUGCAGUUGGCGUUUUAAAUAUCUUCACAGGGAGGCAAAAGCUUAGGAAAUGAUAAACUCAUACAUCUGAGCACUUAGCCAUUACAGUCACACGCAAAGGUAAUCAUAAAUCCAGAUGUGUCAAGUGGGCAAAGGCUGCAAUCAGUGUGUGUGUGUGUGUGUGUGUGUGUGUGAGAGAGGUAAAGAAUGAGAGAAAGACAGUGAGGGAGAAAGUGAAUCAACAACAUUAAGACUCACUGCUGUUGUUUUGUGUUUUGUCCAUCAUUUAUACAGAAGCUCUCUUGUGCAUCAGUGCAGCUCUUUGCUGUGCACAUCGAUACAUCACCAGCUGAGCACUUGGCAUAUAAGCAGAAUGAACCCUGAGGUUUCUGAGGUAGUCAAGGCUUCUACAUGCAGCUUCACUUCCUUUAAAAGCUUAUAGAGCUGACCUCUUGCUCUAUAGAUGAUAUACAGUGUUGAUAUAUGGAAUUGCUGCCUGGAUUAUGUUCACUGACUGUUUUUUUCCAGUCCGCUGAAUGAAAGAUGUUGUCAGAGAGAACAUUUUAGUACUUUUCUGAUACUUUCAUUUAAAUAUUCCCGUAUUAUGUUGAUACAAACAUAAUCCAGGCAGCACUGUUCUUUCAAAACAUAUUUGUUUUUUCUAACUAGUUGAAUAUGACUUUGAUUUUUAGGAGAAAAGGUUGUUGUUGUCACUGGGUGUUUGAUACUUGGAGGAUAAGGCUGGUGAUAUUUUAUACUUUUCUUAUUGUUAAGAAAUCUCAAUGAAAGACCAGUGAAUAAAACUAACUAACUUGCCAAAGCCAGACCUGGCUGUGCCACAGACCACUAUUUUUUGUCUAAAAACUAUUCUAAAAAAUACAUCAAUGAGUGACAUGGUUACACUGAGGAACAUUUUUCCUCAUUAACACAAGCAUCGUGUAUUUGUGGUGGUAGUGAUUGUAGUGGUGGUGGGGUCCCCUGCUCUUACCACACUGGGACCUGCUGCUUCUGCCUCUCCCUCAGCUGCCUCAUUACCUGCAUUACCAUGCACCUCCCUCUUUCUCUCUUUCUGUUUGUCUUGGCGGAGUAGUUAAUCGAUUGUGGAUGGCCUUGUUCUGACGGUUAAAAAACAUACAAA